AGACUGGCUGCGUGGCACUGACUGCGGACAUGCAAAACUCACUGGCAGUGCCCCUGCCUGCCGUUCAGCUGGGAGGCCAUUUCCCAGCCACUCCUCAGCCUCCCUCCACAGCCUCUUGUCAUCUGAAAACCUUUUCUGGAAGGGGCAGCCCGCUUCUGCUGUAUUGUUACUGUGGGAGCCCUGGUCCAGGGCCAGAUCCCCAUGGCGCUAGGAGCUGGACAACGCAGAACAAAAAGACAGUCCCUGCCACUCCCGACCCACGUAUAAGCCACAAGACAGCAGAGGGACAGAGCCAGGCAGAUGGGACUACAAGUGAACAGUGAGACAGUGCUGGUCAGCCUGCCAGGCAUGGCCUCUGCAUGCCAGCAGCAUCACGGCAAAGGAGCGUUUGGCAGCGGGACUGGAAGGUACCACGAUCAGCAGGAUGUGACCAGCAACUUCCUGGGUGCCAUGUGGCUCAUCUCCAUCACGUUCCUCUCCAUUGGCUAUGGUGACAUGGUGCCUCACACAUACUGUGGGAAAGGCGUCUGCCUCCUCACCGGCAUCAUGGGGGCUGGCUGCACCGCCCUGGUGGUGGCCGUGGUGGCCAGGAAACUGGAACUCACCAAAGCCGAGAAGCAUGUGCACAACUUCAUGAUGGACACUCAGCUGACGAAGCGGAUCAAGAAUGCUGCAGCCAACGUCCUUCGGGAAACGUGGCUUAUCUACAAACACACAAAGCUGUUAAAGAAGAUUGAUCAUGCCAAAGUCAGGAAGCAUCAGAGAAAGUUCCUUCAAGCCAUUCACCAGCUGCGCAGUGUGAAGAUGGAGCAGAGGAAGCUGAGUGACCAGGCCAACACACUGGUUGAUCUUUCCAAGAUGCAGAACGUUAUGUAUGACCUGAUCACAGAGCUCAAUGACCGGAGUGAGGACUUGGAGAAGCAGAUUGGCAGCCUAGAGUCCAAACUGGAGCAGCUAACCACUAGCUUCAACUCUCUUCCCCUGCUCAUCGCCGAAACCCUGCGCCAUCAGCAGCAGCAGCUCCUCACAGCUGUUAUGGAGGCUCGUGGCAUCAGUAUGGCAGGGGGCACCCCCCAGACACCCCUGUCUGACAGUCCGAUUGGGGUCAGCUCCACCUCCUUCCCAACCCCUUACACCAGUUCAAGCAGCUGCUGAAUUGCAGACUGAGCCCCCAAGCCCUACGAAGACAGACAAGAAGAGCUACUUGUGGGUCUUCAGAGUCAAGUCAACUUUCUUCCGGCCCUCUGGCCGCCAGAAACAUCCAGGCCAAGCCAAUGCUGAAAGCACGACCGAACUAACGCCGAGGUUAGCUCAGAGCCCUCGGAGUUCAACAAUGCCUUGGAACCAGAAAUCCAGUCUCUGUUUUGGUGCCUCUACAUGCGAUGAGAAGGAAGCGGAUGUGAGGGGAAGCCUCUGGCAAGGCCCUUGCUGCAGUGUUUGGUGGAGGACAGAAAUCCACACUCAAUCUCAGGUCUUCAAAUAGGGAAAAGAAAAAAAAAUGUCCGAAGCACUGAAGCAACGGAGCUGCACCAGAGGGAGAGUACUCCACAGCGCGGGCUGUGAGCCAUGGGCAAAGGGGCUGCUUAUCUCCAGGGCCUUCCUUCGUCCCCAUUCUCCCAGCCCUGUUCGUUAAGUGUCUUGCCAAGGAAGAGUGCGGGAGGAGGACAAUUAGUUUGCCAAGACUGCUAUCCCUUUGCCUCCUGCAUCUCCCACAGCCCUACCGGGGAACUGCCAAUAUCUCGCCUUCUUGCACAGGCUCUGAGCUCAGAGGCCCAUUUGCCACCCCACCCCCUGCCAAAACACUGCCACAUACACACAUUUCCAGCUAGAGGAGGGUGCUUCAUUCGCUUUAUUCUGAGUCUCUUUAGAGGAGUGAAUCCAUUUUCUGCCUGAAGCCAACGUGCUGGAGCUCAGCAUUCAGGUGCUGGGCACGGCAUCUGGGGCAUGCUGGCUUCGUGGGGGUGUUUAUUGCAUUACAGGGCGGAUACAGGGAGAUGUAUGAUGAGGCCCUGAUGAAACACACUGCAAGUCAAUCCAACAUGGAUUGUUUAAAAAUGCACUGCCACUCCAGUGAAACCAUGCGAGGCAUCUGAGUUCCAAGCACCCUGAGAAGGCGGGGCAGCGAGGGUUGCAGAAGCAAUGCAUUCAGCCAAUGGUCAGGGAGGGCUUUGUGGAAUGGAACCAGAUGGUUCCUCCUGGAGCUGCAUCCAGUCCUGUUUGACUGGAGCGAGGGUCACUGCACUGCAGGGCUUUCAAGGAGGCACCCUGCAUUACUCCUGAAAACCCCUCUGAGGAGUAGAAAAAGGUUUGUGGUGGAUCUUGAAUUACCUGCAUCACCCACAAACCAGAGCCACCAUUUAUAGUCUCAGCAAAUAAUCCAGUACCUCUCCAAUCCAGAUACUCUUUGAAGAGGCUUCAGAACUGAAAGGUGAAACACCCAGGGCCAGUUAGAGAGAGGGUCUUAACUUGUGACAUGAAUUUAAAAAUUCUCUCCCCUGCCUUCAGCUUGGCUGACAACAAUGACAUUCUACUAGCUCAAACAUUGCUGUGACCUAACCAUGAGGUUGCUGUAAUGGGAAGUAGGAAUCGGGAGAGACAGAAAAGAAUGUUGAUUAGGACACUUCAUCAGUUUAAAACAAAAGACUAAUUUAUUGCAGUGAUUCUGUUGGGUCUUGGUAGCUAGCAGCAGAACCACCCCGGGGUAAAUGAUGCAAUGCACAGCUUCACAGGCAGCUAGACAGAUACCCACAGCCCAGGAUCCUGCCCUUUAUGGCCAUCUGCUGGGGGAGCUGCCUUCAACAGCAAUGGUCAGGAGUGGGGAUGGACGUGCAAGUUACCAGCCCCGCCACUGGCUGUGGGAGAGGGCAGUCCAUAAGAGAGAGAUGGCUAAUCUUUGCUGGUUGUCACUAUGGGCCUGGACACCUCCCAGCUUCCUCUGGGAACUAAAAUGUUCCCUUCUCCCUCUGACAUUUUCACUUCUUUAAAAACUCUUUGUUCAGCCCCA